AUGAGCUGCAUGUUGGGCAGAAUCUUGUGCACACGGCCUGAUUCUGACAAUCACUGGGCGUUAAGGGAUUUCGCUGGCAAGACUCUGAUCACCAUAAUAAAAGAUCAUGGGACCAAAGAGACUAGACGACGAUCGUUUCGUGCUGUGAAGCGAAUAUUUGACGACCCGUCGUCGAGUUAUUCGAUGAUCUAUGGAACUAUCACAACUCUCCUCGAGUUUGCGUCACCGGUGGAGCUGAUCCGGUUACAUCCUCGAAUUAUGGCGUUGCUUGAGCGAACUCGCACUGCUGCGGCUACAAGUGCUGACCAGCAAGAGCGUAUUGAAGCCCAUAAAUUGCACGCUGCUCUCACGGUAACGUUCUGUACAUUUCGAAGAGAACAUGAGCCGGCCUUGCGUCGACUUAUCAAGCAGGCGGCACAGGCGUCGAAAAAGGACCACCCGAAAGGAUAUGUUUGA